UUCAGAUGAGCUUUCGUAUCAAGUGAAAGUUUUAUGUUGAACUUAUUACGAUUAAUGCAGUGGCUGUCUCAUUCAUUUUUAUUUUAAUGAACACGGCAAUUGUAUGCUCAACUGCAAACUGAAACUACUAUGUUGAUUGUUGAGAGUGCUGAGUACUAUCAGUGCAAGCGGACCAUUUCGUAAGCGAUGCGCAUGCGCGUCUUGCACUGUUUAUGUUUAUGUCGGGAAAUUUAGUUUUUGGCGGAAACUGUAUUUCAUGCUGCAAACCCAUGUUCAAUUACGAUAAAUCUUAUCAACUUUUGCGGAUCAACAAACAAUUAUGCAGUUUUUCCGCAGACAGCCGAUUUUUGGCCUUAGCCAAUCAAUCGAAUUUGAUAAUCAAAAAUACUGGAACAUUUGAUGACUAUCUAACAUUUGUUUUCGACGAUAUCAUCGAGGGAAUGGAGUGGUCUCCAGAUAGUGAAUAUAUAGUUUGUUAUAGUUUCAAGAAAGCAGUCGUUCAAAUAUUUUCUAUAAGCUAUCCUGACUGGAAAUUUAAAUUGACCGAAGGAAGCAGUGGACUUGAAAAUGUCAUGUGGACUCCAGAUAGCAGACACAUUAUCACAUUGGCAGACUUAAAUGUACAAUUGUCCAUAUGGUCUUUAAUUGAUCACAGUGUAAUGUAUAUUCAGUGUUUGAAAUCUAGUGCUACAAAAGGUAUUGAAUUUAGCCCGAAUGGAAAGUAUUUGGCUCUCAUAGUUACUGAAACAGGACAAGACAAUGUUGAUAUUUAUAAAACAAGAGAUUGGAAGUUGAGUAGGAAAUUAAUUUGCGAAGGACUGAGUUCAAUUGAUGGAUUGUGUUGGUCGCCAAACAACGAAGCUAUGGGCAUAUGGUGCUCUAUUGAUGGUCAAGCGAAAUUGAUUGUUUACUCAACUUUAACUGAAAGUUACGAAGGAGUUUUUUGUUCAGAAGAUAAUAAGCUCACUGAUCAAAUUGCAUUGGGCAAUCAAUUUGAAGAAAAACUGAGAGGAUUAGAAAUAGUCAAGUGGAUGCCUAGUGGACAGUUGUUGGCAGUGUCAGGCCAUAACGAGGUGGUAGUUUUAUUAAAUAGCUUAACGUGGAAACCGAUUUUACAAUUACGACUGGAACCAACAAUUAAAGAAAAUAAUUAUUUAAUGCGUGUUUUUAAAGAGUGCAUAAUCAAAGACGUAAAAGAUAUAAAUAGACCCCCUGACAAAACUUCUGCAUCAAAUGAAAAACAUAUUCUGGAAGAAGUUGGUAAUCGUCCUGUAAAUAUUCCAAUUGUCAAAACUGACAUUUUGAUUGGCGCUGAUCUUUCAGCAAUCACAGUAAAUAUAAUAGAUACCAUGGAAUUCAGCAGUUGUGGGCAAUAUUUAGCCUUAAGACAUCGAGUUUAUCCUAGCACGUUAUGGGUAUGGGAUAUUCAAACUAAUGGCAUUGAUAUUUUCAUACUCCAAAAUACAAUUUCUACCGUCAAAUGGAACCCUAUUCAUCCACAGCUAUUAAUUUUCACAGAAAGUUUUUUUAUAUUUGAAUGGAACCCUCGCGGAGUAUUGUGCUAUAGAACACCACGAGGAAUGACAACACUCGAUGCUCGAUGGCACCCUUCUGGAGAUGUCGUCGUUCUUUGCGGUUACAAUCGUGCUGUUAUUUAUCCAAUUCAUAACGACAGAUAAUUUGGUAAUAGACAUUACAUCUAUAGUUAUUUGUUGCUUUAAUAUGUUAAUAAAUGAUUUAACGCACUGAGGUCGGUGCUAUUUUUUUAUCUUGCAAAAUAUCGUAAUUUUUUCAAUCGUAAUUAAUAAAUACUUGAUUCACAAAAUAAAAUUACUAUAAAGUAAUAUUUUGAAAAGAUUCGUCUUUGAAAUUAUAUAGAAAUAAAGUUAAUAUCUCGUUUGGGCCUCCCCGCUCUCAACACGUUCAUUUGUAUACGUUAUAAGAGAAAUUAAUUUAUAAGCAAUAGUUCAUUCGAAAGUCAUAAAAUAAAAAAAGAAAUUUUUUAUUAUAAGUUAUCGACAAAAGAAAUGUAACGUGUAUUAGAAAAACUAUUUACAGAAAUUAAUUGUAAUAGCAAACGUUACUUGACCUAUAUACAAAAAUUAAAACUAACUAAGCGAUAUUGUAGUAACGUUUGUUAUAAUUUUCUUGAGUAAAAAAUAUUUUUGUAGACAGAUUCUU